CAUGUUCUUCACGUUGAAGUGACUUUAAAUUGUUGGUUUUCUUUAAUUUUCUUAUUGUAAUUAGUUGAUCAUUUUGUCUCUUUGUUCUUAAUUCUUUUCAUUAAAGAUGUAUAGUUUAUUGUUGCGUCGAUCUCCCCGUGCUUUUGGAAGGUUAGUUUAUCGUAAUUACUCAAAGGAGAUUAAAUUUGGUUCCGAUGCAAAGGUUCAAAUGUUGGCUGGUGUUGAUAUACUUGCCGAUGCCGUUGCUGUUACUAUGGGACCUGCUGGACGAAAUGUUGUAAUUGAACAAUCAUGGGGAUCACCAAAGAUCACCAAGGAUGGUGUGACUGUGGCCAAAGCUAUUGAAUUGAAGGACAGGUACCAGAAUAUUGGUUCCAAGCUUGUCCAGGAUGUUGCUCAUGCUACAAAUGAAGCUGCCGGUGAUGGUACUACAACAGCCACUGUCCUUGCCCGAGCUAUUGCCAAGGAGGGUUUUGAUAAGAUAUCGAAAGGAGCCAAUCCCAAUGAGAUUAGAAAAGGUGUCAUCAUGGCUGUGGAAAAGGUUGUCGACAAUUUGAAAUCAAAGUCCAAAACUGUAACAACACCCGAGGAAAUUGCUCAAGUUGCCACAAUCUCAGCCAAUGGAGAUUCAACUAUUGGUCAAUUGAUCUCGGAAGCCAUGAAGAAGGUCGGUAAAGAUGGAGUGAUCACCGUUAAAGAUGGUAAAACCUUGACUGAUGAAUUGGAGGUGAUUGAAGGAUUGAAGUUCGACCGAGGUUACAUUUCUCCUUAUUUCAUAACCUCGCCCAAAGGAGCUAAAGUAGAAUUUGAAAAUUGUCUUGUGUUGAUAAGCGAGAAGAAAAUCUCUUCUGUCCAACCCUUGAUUCCUGCUCUAGAAAUGGCCAAUGCUCAACGAAAACCUCUUUUAAUUAUUGCCGAAGAUGUUGAAGGUGAAGCUUUGACCACUUUAGUAUUGAAUAGAUUGAAGAUCGGUCUUCAAGUUUGCGCUGUAAAAGCUCCUGGUUUCGGCGAUAACAGGAAAAAUACUCUUGCAGACAUCGCCAUUUCAACUGGAGCAACAGUUUUCGGUGAUGAUGCUAAUCUGACCAAAAUGGAGGACAUUCAGUUAUCUGAUUUGGGUACAAUUGGUGAAGUUACAAUUACCAAAGAUGAUUCUCUUUUAUUGAAGGGAAAAGGUAACAAAUCUGAAAUCGAUGCAAGAAUCGAGCAGAUUAGAUUCGAAAUAGAAAAUACAAGCUCCGAAUAUGAGAAGGAAAAAUUAUCCGAGAGAUUGGCGAGAUUAGCGAGCGGUGUUGGUGUUCUCAAGAUCGGUGGUGCAAGUGAAGUCGAAGUCGGUGAAAAGAAAGACCGAGUAAACGAUGCUCUAAAUGCCACUCGAGCUGCAGUUGAAGAAGGUAUUGUUCCUGGUGGUGGAACAGCUCUUCUUAAAUCGAUUAAAGUUCUAGACGAUCUGAAGCCAAUCAACGACGAUCAAAAGACAGGUAUUGAAAUCGUUCGAAAAGCGUUGAAAAUGCCAUGUAUGCAGAUCGCUAUGAACGCAGGAGUCGAUGCUUCAGUUGUGGUACAAAAAGUGUUGGACUCAAAUGACCCUAACUUUGGAUACGAUGCUCAUCUUGGUGAAUUCACUGACAUGAUUUCCGCUGGUAUUAUUGAUCCAACUAAAGUUGUUCGAACUGCUCUUUCCGAUGCUUCCGCUGUCGCCUCCCUAUUGACAACAGUAGAAACUGUUAUCGUUGAAAGUCCCAAAGAAGACAAAGCCGACGCCAUGGGAGGAAUGGGAGGCAUGGGCGGUAUGGGUGGAAUGGGUGGAAUGGGAGGAAUGGGUGGUUUCUAACCCUCCCCCAGUUCUCAGUGACUUAGACAAACACAACUAACUUAGUCAUUACUUGAGCCGAAAUUGCAUUUUCAUCCUAAAAUCGUCCCUGUUAUUUUGCCAUAAAACACAUACCACAUCAUUAAUGACACACCAAUAGUAAUUUAGUAAUUUCGAUCCUAAUUUAAACGAAAAUUCAACCUGAGAACACAAAAAAAAAUAAUUGUUUAUAAUAAGAUUUUUUUUCUACAUAUAUAUUAUUUUCACCAACGAAUCAACCAUAUAUAUGUAGUGUAGUUUAUUUAAUAAAAAGCAAUAUUUUCAUUUGUAA